CCGCGGGCAGCCUCAGGGAGGCCCCCGUCUCCCGUGAAGCCGAGGCUGCGGCGUCGGAGACAGACGAGAUGAAGCCCAGACCCGCCAGGUUCGUGGAUAAUAAGCUGAAGCAACGUGUCACCCAGUACCUCACCAGUAACAGAUGUGGCAAGUAUGUGGACACUGGAGUUUUAGCAUCUGAUUUACAAAGAAUGUACAGUAUAGACUAUGGUCGAAGAAAAAGAAAUGCUUUUAGGAUUCAGGUAGAAAAAGUAUUUAGCAUAAUUAGUAGUGAAAAAGGACUUAAGGACCUAGCAGAAUUAGAAGAUGAACACCUGGCCAAAAGAGCAAGACACAAUGAAGAGGAUAAUGAGUAUACUGAAAGCUAUUCUGAUGAUGAUUCAAAUGCAGAAGAAUACCCAGAUCCACAGUCAGCAAAUCAUAUGAACAGCUCCCUGCUCUCCUUAUAUCGUAAAGGAAAUCCUGAUUCUGUUUCAAGUACUCCCGAGAUGGAGCAAAGAGAAACCGCCGUUUCAACAGAACGGAUAACUUCCAAAACAGGCUCCAUUCCUUUGAAGACCUCUGCCAGAAGUUCUGAAGGAGGAUGGUUUAUUGACAAAACCCCAGGUGGAAGGAAAGACAGUUUUUUCUCGGACCUAUCAGAUGAGAAAAGUAAUCAUAAGAAGCCAAUAUCUGAAAUAGAGGACUCAAAAGAUUCUCUUCUGGAGAGUAAUAAAAAAAGAAAAGGCAGGCUAAAUAGCAAAGGAAGCAAAAGGAAGAAAGAAGAUCUUCAGGAGGUAGAUGGAGAAAUAGAAGCUAUCCUGGAAAAAAAAGCCAAAGCCAGGGGCCUAGACCUGCAAAUCUCCAACGUGAAGUUUGAAGAUGUUGGAGGCAAUGAUGCAACAUUAAAAGAGGUCUGCAAGAUGCUCAUACACAUGCGUCACCCAGAGGUGUACCACCACCUGGGUGUCAUACCCCCUCGCGGAGUUCUCCUUCAUGGACCACCAGGCUGUGGGAAGACAUUACUUGCACAUGCGAUUGCUGGGGAGCUUGACCUUCCAAUUCUGAAAGUAGCUGCUACAGAGAUUGUAUCUGGGGUGUCUGGAGAAUCUGAACAGAAGCUGAGAGAACUAUUUGAACAGGCUGUGUCAAAUGCACCCUGUAUCCUUUUUAUUGAUGAAAUUGAUGCUAUUACCCCCAAAAGAGAAGUUGCUUCAAAAGACAUGGAACGAAGAAUUGUGGCCCAGCUCCUUACCUGCAUGGAUGAUCUGAAUAACGUGGCUGCUACAGCUCGGGUCCUAGUCAUUGGAGCUACUAACCGACCAGACUCACUUGACCCUGCUUUGAGACGUGCAGGAAGGUUCGACCGAGAAAUAUGCCUAGGUAUCCCAGAUGAAGCAUCCAGGGAAAGAAUACUUCAAACUUUGUGCAGAAAACUAAGACUUCCUGAAACUUUCCAUUUUCGUCAGUUAGCACACCUGACGCCUGGCUUUGUUGGCGCUGACCUGAUGGCACUCUGCCGAGAGGCAGCCAUGUGUGCAGUCAACAGGGUCUUAAUGAAGCUGCAGGAGCAGCAGAAGAAAAAUCCUGAGCUUGAAGGUUUGCCAUCUGAAGGAGGCCAGGAGGAAAGGAUUGGAAGCGAACCCACUUCUGAAACACGGGUGCUUUCUGUACAGGAUGAAUUGCAAAGACUGCUGGGGUUGCUAAGGAACCAGGAUCCCCUCUCAGAGGAGCAGCUGCAAGGGCUGUGCAUUGAAUUGAAUGAUUUCAUUGUUGCUCUAUCCUCAGUCCAACCGUCUGCUAAAAGGGAAGGCUUUGUCACUGUCCCUAAUGUGACAUGGGCAGAUAUUGGGGCCCUGGAAGAUAUUAGAGAGGAACUCACCAUGGCAAUAUUGGCACCAGUACGUAACCCAGAUCAGUUCAAAGCUCUUGGAUUGGUGACUCCAGCUGGAGUCCUCCUUGCUGGUCCCCCUGGCUGUGGGAAAACCCUGCUGGCAAAGGCUGUUGCAAAUGAGUCUGGGCUGAAUUUUAUAUCUGUCAAGGGACCAGAAUUACUAAAUAUGUACGUUGGUGAGAGUGAGCGUGCUGUGCGACAGGUUUUUCAGCGAGCCAAGAACUCAGCACCGUGUGUGAUAUUCUUUGAUGAAGUGGAUGCCUUAUGCCCUCGGAGAUCAGUCCGAGAGACAGGAGCAAGUGUCCGGGUGGUGAAUCAGCUACUUACAGAGAUGGAUGGUCUGGAAACACGUCAGCAGGUUUUUAUUAUGGCAGCCACUAACAGGCCAGAUAUCAUUGACCCUGCAAUCCUGCGCCCAGGCCGCCUAGACAAAACACUCUUUGUGGGUUUGCCACCCCCAGCAGAUCGUCUUGCCAUUUUAAAAACUAUCACAAAAAAUGGCACUAAACCCCCGCUGGAUGCGGAUGUAAAUUUGGAAGCAGUUGCUGGUGACCUUCGCUGUGACUGCUAUUCGGGUGCAGAUCUCUCUGCUUUGGUACGGGAGGCUUCUAUCUGUGCCCUGAAGCAGGAAAUGGCAAGACAGAAGAGUGGAAACGAGAAAGACCAGCCGUGCCAGUACAGGAAUAGCCUCACUUGUCUUGGUACCUGAGACAGUUGUCUGAUCAGCUGCAGUGUGUGGCCACCUUCCUCACAGUGCUGUCGAACACCUUCUUCAGCAAGACCCACCUUGUCCUCAAAACCUGUGCUUUCAUCUGAAGUUCAAGUCUCUAUUGAUCCCCUUUUCUUCAGUAGGUUUCCAGAAAGAUGUCUUUUUUGAUUUUUAUUCUUUUUUUUCUUUUCUCUUUUUCCUUUGGCUAUGAAUACUCUUAGAACUAACUUUUAUUUACAGCUAUAGCAGCACAUGCUUAGCUUAGAUUUGUCAGCACACAUAUAUUAAUUAUGAAGUCCUGAGGUUUUUUUGUCAUUUAAAGAUUCAGUUAUCUGAACUUCUUUUCUUGUAAACCAUUUUAAGUUCUUUUGGAAGUGAGUGGGAAAUAAUUAGCAACAUUAGAAAAUCUUAUUAAAAAAAAACCAAAAAACAUGUCGUGGCAGCUGCCUGAGCACUGAAUCUGAUGAUUGUCUUGUUUUGUCACUAAAAAUUAACAGGCCUCUGUGUAUGUGUUAGCUGCUAUUAGUAAUUCUGAUUGGAUGUUAUUUUAUAAACGUGUGUAACAGAUUCUGACAUCUCUGCUUUGCUCCAGUUUACAUUUCUAGCUGCAUGUCCUUCAGGGACUUUGCAUUCAUAUUAUACUAAACCAGAAAUCAGUAAUACCAUCCAACUUCCAUUUGAUGUGUUCAGCUAUACACUUUAUUUUAUUUUUAGGUAAAUAUAUUACUAUCUUAAUAUCUGUGUAGGGAGUUUACUAUUUUAAGUAUAAAUUAUCAUCUUGUAAGUUGUCAUAUUAAAAUUGUAAACCAAGCCUUAUUUAACAUUUAGUUAUUUGAUUUCUCUUACUAUGUAAUGGCGUAAUCGUAUAAAGAAUUAAAAUCCAGUGUUAUGAUAUGCUCCAUACAUAUUACAUGACACCACAACUCCAUAGCGUCUAAUUAUGUGUAUGCGCUCUUAAAUACAGUGGAAUUUUACUUUCCAUUCUCAGUUAAAUUUGUUUGAAUUGUCUUAAAAGCGAACAACUGUGGUUCUUCUUCAUGAACGAUGCUAUUAAGUUAAAGCAAAUAAUGCACAGAUUACAAAGGGUUAUCUGUUUACAAGUGACAGGUCUCUUUGGAUGGUACUGCAUUAAAAUCUGAUGAGCAGAGGCUGGGAGAAAUGGUAUGUACCCUGGUCAGAGGGUACAAACUUCCUGCUAUAAAGAAGAGUAAGUUUCUGAGGAUCCUAUGCACUAAUUAACAGUACUGUGUUCCACACAGUUGACCCUUGAACGUCGUGGGUUUGAACUGUGUGGAUCCACUUUCAUGUGGAUUUUUUUCAGUAAAUACUUGGCUACUACACAAUCCAUGCUUGGGUGGAUCCACAGAUGUGGCACCGCAAGUUCAGAGGCCAACAAUAAAGUUACACAUGGAUUUUUGACUGUGCCGAGGGUUGCCACUCCUAACCCUCACGUUGUUCAAGGGUCUGGUACUUCCAGGUUAGGAGAGUAGAUCUUAAAAGUCAUCAUCCCCCACCCCCACCCCCAAAAAAAGGUAAUCAUGACGGGAUGGAGGUGUUAGCUAAUAUUCUCAUGGUAAUAGUUUCAUUUAUAUCACGCUUUACUCCUUAAACUUAAAUAUGUUAUAUGUCAACAAUAUCUCAUUAAAUCCAGGGGGUAAAUAAGUAAAUAAAAGAUACACGGACUGUUCUUCUUUUUAAAGAAUAAGAAUCUCUCUAAUUAAAUAUGGAUAAACUUUUUUAUAUAAUUUAUCCCAAGAUAAAUUGUUUUGAUUGCUAGGGAUAAAAGAUUGCACUAAAAUGUAUGGAACUAUAAAAUGUAAGCACUUUUGUAAAAUUAAAUAUGAUCAGGAAUGUGUAAAUUAAAUGAAAAGGAAAAACGUCUAAAAAAUAUGAUGAGCAGAAUAUAUCUGGCUUGAAUGUUGUUCUGAAAAAGGAUAGAACCAAUGUCUUCACUCAUUUCCUGAGUGCUCCCCUUGAAUGCUUCUUGGAAGUCUCACAAGAGAAACUAAGUUGUAAAUCACAGUUAGCAUACUGUACCCAGAUCUGUAUGUUUAUGCGUUUGCU